AUGGCUCUCUGGGAACAAGGAGGUGGUAGUGGUUUUCAACAACGAAAAGCUGGAGGUGAAAAUGAUGCUAAUAAUGCACAACGUUCAUCAAUUAAAGGUGUAUUAACAUGUACUAUUGCAACUAUUCUUAAUGCAAAACAUUCCGAAUCGGAUAAUUGUUUUAUUUAUAAACAUUUAAAAUUUAAUACAGUUAUGAUAAUGGGUUUAAUACGUGAAGCAAAUCAUGAAGUAAAUGGUAGUUUAGCUACAUAUAAUAUUGAUGAUCAUUCCGGUGGUUCAAUUGAAAUAAAAUGGUGGCAUGAUGAUUCUGGUGAACCAAUAAAACCUUUAACUUAUGUAAAAGUUGUUGGUCAAGUUAAAACAUUUGCUGGUAAAUCACAUGUUGUUGCACAUCAUGUUAGUAAAAUGCAUUCAUUAAAUGAAUUAAUUGCUCAUAAUAUUGAAUGUAUACAUGCAAGUAUAUGUAUUCGUAAACAAGGUGAAACUAGUGGAAUGAAUAUGACAAAAACUACUAAUAAUCCCGGUAGUACUCAACAAGCAUUAACAACAUCUAAUGGAUUUACACCAGCACAAAAUGCAGUUCUUAAUCUUUUAAAAACUGUAACAACAAUGGCUGGUUAUAGUGUAACUGAAAUAUGUAAACAAUUAAAACAAUUUAGUGAAAAUCAAGUAAAACAAGCAUUAGAAUUUCUUUCUGGUGAAGGUCAUAUUUAUUCAACAACUGAUGAUGAUCAUUUUCGUGCUGCAAGCAAUAAUUAA